ACAUAUUUUAAGGACAAUUGGGUUGCAGCGAAUAUAGUGCUUCAAAGCUUGAAUUACAAAGGAAGCCCACCCCUUCCUAAGAGUGGAAGCAAACCCAUCUUUCAGCAGCUCACCAUUUUUCGUAGAAGCAACUGUCUCCCCCUCUUAAAACUAUCUUGAGCUGUCUCAUCUUAAGUUUAUUUAUGUCUAUAUAUACCUGCAAAAUCUGCUUCAAGAACCAUCAAACCAAAACUCAGGAAAAUAUUUUGUAUAGCUCUCUCUAUAAUCAGUCCUUUAGUGUAGACUAAAAUAGACUCCAAUGGCCAAAGAUAGCGCCAAGAAAUCAAUCCAAGACAUUACAUUUACAGGAUUUGGCAACCUCAUCAAGCUCCUCCCUACAGGAACAGUCUUCGUUUUCCAAUUCCUUAACCCUGUCUUGACCAACAAUGGUCAUUGCCACACCAUUAACAAGUACCUGAGUGGGAUCCUCAUAGGGCUUUGUGGGUUUUCUUGUGCGUUCUCUUCUUUCACUGACAGUUAUGUUGGAAGUGAUGGAAUCAUUCACUAUGGGAUUGCAACUAUGAAGGGACUAUGGCCAUCUACAAAUUCAGGAUCAGUGAACUUGUCAUCAUAUAAGCUUCAAUUUGGUGACUUUGUUCAUGCUUUCUUUUCACUGAUUGUAUUUGCUGUGUUGUCUCUUUUGGAUACUAAUACAGUGGAAUGUUUUUACCCUUCUUUUGAGUCCUCUGAGAAGACUCUGCUCAUGAUGUUGCCUCCAGUUAUUGGCGCAAUCUCAGGCUCUGUCUUCAUGCUCUUCCCUAACAAGCGCCAUGGAAUUGGGUAUCCUCCAAGUUCAAGUGACUCUUCACAGCAAUCCUAGUGUGUGCAAUGUGCUGCUUAUGUAUUAAUAUCUGUUCUUCAUUAUUUGCUUCACGAAGUUUCGAAAAGUUCUUUGUUUCUUCUUUUCUUGGUUAUUAAACAGUAUUUGUAAAAAAGUUUACUUUGUUCUGAUUUGUAUUAUUGUUUCAAAAAGUAGAGGGAAGAUUGGAUAUCAUUCCCCUUAUUGAAAAUGUAAUAAGUUUUUUGUUAGUCCAUAUUUGCUAAUUAAGAAAUGAUGAUGCUGUUAACUA